AUAUAAAAAUUGUUUAUUUUUCUUUUUAUCUCAAACGAAAAAUUAGAAGCCUAGAACCGAGUCAACUGACAAGAACUGAAAGUCUUAAACCCUAUCUGUACUUCUCCAAACUAUCCUUAAACCCCUUGUCUCCGUUUCUCUUAAUUCUCAGUACAACACUACGAUGGCAUUUUACAACAAAGUUGGAAGCAUCGCGAGGCAGUCUAAUGCUCACAUUUCUUCUGUGCCGUCCAUGCUGAAUGCUAUUCGUGCCAUGUCAUCCUCAAAGCUCUUCAUUGGAGGUCUUUCUUUUCAAAUCAAUGAGCAGUGCUUGAGGGAUGCAUUUUCCAGUUUUGGGGAUGUUGAUGAGGCCAAAAUUAUCACGGACAGGGACAGUGGGAGGUCUAAGGGCUUCGGAUUUGUGACCUUUGCCGAUAGUGAGUCUGCCUCCUCAGCAGUGUCGGCCAUGGAUGGACAACCUCUGAAUGGUCGUAACAUCCGCGUGAGCUUUGCAAAUGAUAAACCGCGCAAUACUUUUGGCGACAACAGUGGUGGUGGUGGUGGAUAUGGUAAUGCAGGAUUCUAAGACACCUUUAAUUAUUGGAGAAUUGCCAAUAUGGACAGAAACUAUUCCCAAUUUCAAUUUGAGUACCUGUUUGCUGAUUCCAAACCAAUUUUUGAUACUUAUAGUGUGUGUGACUUGAUCUGAGUUCCGAUAUUCUGGAAAAAAUGUGACGACCCAGUUUUGAUUUGAUCUUUGUAAGUCUGGCACUUUUAUAGAUUUCAUUUCAAUGAGUAAAUUGCAAGAGAUAUAUAAUACCAGUAUGUGUAUUUUUUUUUGUGACAAGAAUGUGUAUGUUAUCUAAAUAUUAGUUUUAUAUCGUCGCA